AUGAAAUUAAUCACCAUCCUUUUCCUUUGCUCCAGGCUGCUACCAAGUUUAACUCAAGAGUCCUCUCAAGAAAUCGACUGCAAUGACCAGGAUGUAUUUAAAGCUGUGGACACUGCUCUGAAGAAAUAUAACAGUGGAAACAAAAGUGGCAACCAGUUUGUACUGUACCGCGUAACCGAGGUCAGCAGAACGGAUAAUCCUGACAUAUUUUAUUCCUUGAAGUACCAAAUCAAGGAGGGCGACUGUCCUUUUCAAAGUGACAAAACUUGGCAGGACUGUGACUACAAGGACUCUGCACAAGCUGCCACAGGAGAGUGCACAGCGACCGUGGCCAAGAGAGGGAAUAUGAAGUUCUCCGUGGCUACCCAGACCUGCCUGAUCACUCCAGCCGAGGGCCCCGUGGUGACAGCCCAGUAUGACUGCCUUGGCUGUGUGCAUCCCAUAUCUACCACGAGCCCUGACUUGGAGCCUGUUCUGAGACAUGCCAUCCAACAUUUUAACAACAACACCGAUCAUCCCCACCUCUUUGAUCUGAAAGAAGUAAAAAGAGCCCAAAGACAGGUGGUGGCUGGAUGGAACUAUGAAAUUACUUACUCAAUUGCACAAACUAAUUGUUCCAAGGAGAAAUUUCUAUUCUUAACUCCAGACUGCAAGUCCCUUUCAAAUGGUGAUAUUGGUGAAUGUUCAGAUAAGGCAUAUGUGGAUCUCCAGCUAAGAAUUGCUUCCUUCUUGCAGAAAUGUGACCUUUAUCCAGGGGAGGAUUUUGUACAACCACCCACCAGGCUUUGUGUUGGCUGCCCCAAACCUAUACCUGUUGACAGUCCAGAACUGGAGGAGCCUCUGAACCAUUCUAUUGCAAAGCUUAAUGCAGAGAAUAAUGGAACCUUCUAUUUCAAGAUUGACACUGUGAAAAAAGCAACAGUACAGGUGGUAGCUGGAAAAAAGUAUUCUAUUGUGUUCAUAGCAAGGGAAACCACAUGUUCUAAGGGAAGUAAUGAAGAGCUGACCAAGAGUUGUGAGAUCAAUAAACAUGGUCUAAUUCUAAACUGUGAUGCUGAUGUUUAUGUGGUGCCUUGGGAGGAAAAAGUUUACCCUACUGUCAACUGUCAAUCACUUGGACGGACCUUACUCAUGAAAAGGCCUCCGGGUUUUUCACCUUUCCGAUCAGUACAAGUGAUGAAACCUGAAGAAAAAACAACUGUAAGUCUACCCCACUCUGCCAUGUCACCUGUACAAGAUGAAGAGCAGGAUUCAGGAAAAGAACAAGGACCCACUCAUGGGCAUGGCUGGGACCAUGGAAAGCAAAUAAAAUUACAUGGCCUUGGCCCUGGCCAUAAACAUGAGCAUGAGCAAGGUCAUGGGCGCCAUAGGGGUCAUGGUCUUGGCCUAGGACAUAAGCAUGGUCUUGGCCAUGGACAUAAGCAUGGUCAUGGCCACGGAAAACAUAAAAACAAAGGAAAAAACCAUGGAAAGCAGUAUGAUUGGAGGACACACUAUUUGGCAAGUUCUUAUGAAGAUAGCACUACAUCCUCUGCACAGAUGCGAGAGAAGACAGAGGAGACAACACUCCCUUCCCCAGCCCAGCCAGGUGUAGCCGUUACCUUUCCUGGCUUUCAGGACUCAGAUCUCAUUGCAACUGUGAUGCCUAGUACACUACCACCUCCCACAGAGAGUGAUGAUGACUGGAUCCCUGACAUCCAGAUAGAGCCAAAUAGCCUUGCAUUUAAAUUGAUUUCGGAUUUUCCAGAGACAACCUCCCCCAAAUGUCCUGGUCGCCCCUGGAAGCCAGUUAAUGGAGUGAAUCCAACUGUGGAAAUGAAAGAGUCUCAUGAUUUUGAUCUCAUUGAUGCUCUUUCUUAA